GCGGCGGCCUCUUCAAAUCAUGGCGGCGGCGGCGGCGGCCAUGAGUCCCGUUACACGAGAGCAGCAGUUGCUGCUCCGCCAGAUUUUGGGAUGGAGAGCAGCAGCAAGUAUUGCCUGGUCUGUUUUACUGCUUCCUGUGUGUACUGCAGCCUUCAUCAGCAUUAGCACUAUUGACUUAUUCCACCCUAUACAAUGGAUCACAAGCUCAUUCAAUGAUUUGUAUACUUCCUAUGUUAUCUUUUGCUUGCUACUGAUGUCGGUGGUGAUAUUGGUAAUAAGUAUCUUCAAUGUGGAAUUUCAUGCAGUUGUGCCUUCUAUUCCUUGCUCACGAUUAGCACUGAUUAGCAAGGUUAUCCAUCCACAGCAAGUGAUCCAUUCAGUUGUGCAUGCUGUAAUGGGAAUGCUGGUGGCUUGGUGUGCCGCAGUUAUGACUAAGGGAAAGUUCCUGUUUUUAUCUGUACCCUGCACAGCUUCAGAAAGUUCAGCUGAUGAUGUUCCAUACAUGUGCCUGAAUGAAUACCACCUCUUUCUCUUACUCCUUGGAGCUUUCAUGGGUUACAGCUAUAGCCUCCGAUACCUUGUUCACAAUAUGAACUACCUUCCAUUUCCAAUCAUACAGCAAUACAAAUACCUACGUUUCAGAAGAUCUCUACCUCUGUUGGCAAAGCAAAGUUGUGUGGAAUCUCUUUAUAUGGUUAGGAACUUCUGUGCUGCUUACUACUUUUUUGGUUAUAUUCCCAAGGCAUGGAUAAUUACAACAAUGAACCUUCAUAUAGAUAGUAAAUUGCAUCCUCUAGACACUGUGGCUGGUCUCUUGGAUUUAUCUCUUCUGUACCACAGCUGGCUCUGUGGCGUGAUCCUGCUGAUUACUUGGUACAUUGCAUGGUUACUCUUCAGAAUAUAUUCUACUGAGGCACAUCACUUUCCUGUACAGCCAACUUUUACAGAAGAAACAGAUCAGUGCUUACCCAAAAUUUUAAACAGCAAUCCUCCACCUAUUUUAAAGUUCUUGGCUUUACAGGACCUGAUGUUUCUCUCCCAGUAUUCUUUUGUUCGCCGGCAAGAGGUCUUCAGCCUUAGCCAGCCAGGGGGACAUCCUCACAACUGGACUGCAGUUUCCAGGGAGUGCUUGAAUCUGCUAAACAAUCUGACCCUCAAGUUGAUAGCACAUCAGGAGGCCACAGCUACGAAUGGGAGACUGAAUCAGCCGUCUGUGGGAGACCUGAGAAAAGUGCCCGACACUCCAGGAGCAGCUGCUGAAGAACACUCAUUCCAGUCACCAACGGCUGGUAUCCUUCCUCGAGCCCAAAUGCCUUCUCUGGUUAAAUCAUCUCUGUUGUCCUUGAAAACAUCACCUGUAACAGAUCUUGGAAGCAACUUAGGGUCACCUUUCACUCCUUCCCCACUAAGUCGCAAGGCUGGAAUGCUGGAGUUAAGCUCUCCUUGGCAUGGGUCUGUUCAAAGUCCCCAUAUUAUGAGAAGAGGACCAAAAUUAUGGACAUCCUAUUCUGACCUGCAAUGGACAGGCUCUUUUCAGGAGUCCCUCCCCACGAUUGCUGUUGCAAGAAUGAGUAAUGAAGCAGUACAGCCAAGUUCUGUCUACUUAUGGCUGCAGAGCAAGAAAGAGCAGAUAAAGAGUUUCUUGUCAAAACGAGUGUUGAUAAUGUAUUUUUUCAGCAAGCACCCAGAGGCUUCGAUCCAGGCUCUCUUUUCUAAUACCCAAAUGCACAUUUGGGCCUUGGAAGGUCUGUCUCAUCUGGUUGCAGCUUCAUUUACUGAAGAUAAAUAUGGAGUGGUCCAAACGACAUUGCCGUCUGUUCUGAACACUCUAUUAACUCUUCAGGAGGUAGUGGACAAGCACUUCAAACUUCCUCAUGUUUCCAGCAAACCUCUCAGGACUUCAGGGAAUUUGGCAGACACUUCCUAUAAAACCCUUCGAUUUGCUUUGAGAGCAUCUCUGAAAACUGCUAUCUAUCGAAUAACCACAAAGUUUGGAGAACACUUAAAUGCUGUGCAAGUCUCUCCGGAACAUAAGAAAAGGCUACAGCAGUUCUUGGAAUUCAAGGAAUAGACAAGUCAAACUGCCCAUCCUGUUGCAAAUAAUGCUGGUGCCG